AUGGAGUUUGAGAAGAGAAAGAAAGCCACUUUAGCCACCAUGAGUUCGCCGGAGCCGGACAAAUCACCAAAAGGAGACAUAGAUGCACCCAUAAUCCCACUUCUCAAAACCCUCAACACCCACCCAUCUUACUUCACUACCAGCUCUUGCUCCGGUCGCAUUUCCAUUCUCUCCACCCCAACCGCCACCACCACCGUCAAGAAAAAAGCCAAAGGUGGCAAUUGGGUUUUCAUCACCCAUGAAUUCGCUGACCCUAACUCGGUCCAAAAUCUCAUCUUUCCUCUAAACCCCAACUUCGAUUCAACUCAGCCUAGCAAUCAAGAAAAUCUUGUUUUCAGGUUUGAACCAUUGAUCAUUGCUGUUGAAUGCAAAGAUGUUUUUUCUGCUCAAAAGUUAGUUUCUUUAGCUAUUUCAUGCGGGUUUAGAGAAUCAGGGAUUACAAAUGUGAAUAAUAAGAGGGUUAUUGUUGCCAUUAGAUGUUCGAUUCGGUUAGAAGUUCCAUUGGGAGAUACCCAUAUGAUAAUGGUGUCAAAGGAGUAUUUGAAUUAUCUUGUUGGGAUUGCUAAUGAGAAAAUGGAAGCCAAUAGGAAAAGAACUGACAGUUUUCAUGAUGCAUUGUUAAAGAUUGGGUUUUUGCAACCGGAGAUCGAUAGCGGAAUUGGUGAUUAUGAGUUCUUGAACAUGAAUCAAGAUUUGGGUUAUCAAGAUAGCUCCUUGAUUAAUGGUGGAGAGGAUGGUAUUCAACCUACAGGAGAAAUUAAAGAUGACACAAGUAGUGGAGUUCUUGAACUUAGUCUUCCUAUUAAACCAUUGGUGAUUACCGGUGAGCCAGUUGAGAAGCUUCAUCUAUGGGGACAUUCAGCCUGCACGCUAGAAACUACGAAAAAUCCCAAAUCGGUGCUUUUGUUUGGUGGUUUUGGAGGCAUGGGAAGGCAUGCACGUAGAAACGAUUCAUGGCUUCUAGAUUCAGUAUCUGGUCAACUAGAGUUAGUUGACUUUGCAAACUCUCCGCCCCCACGUUUGGGUCACACGGCUUCUUUAGUUGGAGAUCUUAUGUUUGUGAUUGGAGGUAGAGCUGAUCCUGGAAACGUGCUAAACGAUGUGUGGGUUCUAAGUAUAACAAAUAACGAAUGGAAGCAGUUUCAAUGUGAUGGAAUCGACUUUCCUCUCAGUCAUCGGCAUGCAGCAGCCUUUGUAGGGUCAGACCUCUAUGUUUUCGGCGGGAUUCACAAUGGCAUCAUCUCGUCAGUGAUGUAUAGGCUCGAUACCCACAACAUGAAAUGGGAGGAAGUUAUCGUUCACGGGCAAAAACCAUCUGCACGGCAUUCCCACACAUUGGUAGCCUACGGUUCUGAACUAUUUAUGUUUGGAGGAUUCGAUGGGGUGAAAGCACUCGGAGAUCUCUACAGUUUUGAUGUUCAUUCAUGCAUUUGGAAGAAAGAAAAGAUGACGGGAACUACACCUUACGCACGUUUUUCACACACGAUGUUUGUGUAUAAAAACUAUAUCGGUGUUAUGGGAGGGUGUCCAAUCAAACAGCACUAUCAAGAAAUAUCAAUAUUCGAAGUGGGGUCGGGUUUAUGGAAGCGAAUCAAGUUGAAUUCUAUUGGCGAAGAUCUUUUUGUUCGUUCCACGACGAGUGUUGUUGGUGACGAUCUUGUUAUUGUUGGCGGUGGCGCUUCUUGUUAUGCAUUUGGAACCAAGUUUAGUGAACCAAUGAGGAUAAACUUGCUUCCGUUAUUAUCUUUGGCUGAAAUUCGUGAUGUAACCAACGAUGAAACAGAUUCCCGAAUCCAAAAGAGAUCAAAUGGGGGUUUUGAUAUGAAUCUUGAGGGUAUAUAUGGUAGACAAAAGAUAAUUCCUUUGCGUUGGGUUCUACGAGUUGAUAAAAAGCAUGCGAAACCAGCAAAGGAUGUAUUGAAGAAGUUUGGAUGGUUAGAUACCGAGAGAAAAGUAUACACACAGGAAAACGGGGUUUAUGUUUGUUUCCCGAUCACCAAAGAAUUCAUGGUGCUUUACCAAAAUAAGAAAUCGGGUUUAAACGAAGAAGUAGAUGAGGUAAAUGACCUUAAUUUUCAAGAAAUCUUGAAGAUUAGUUCGAGCACAAAAGCCUUGUAUCUUUUGGUUGCAUCGGGUGCAAUGGUUCAUGCUGACCAUGUUGUUAAAAUUCGAAAAGCUUCAAGUUCCCCAUUGAAAGUAAUGAAAGAAGCCGUUGCUUCUUUGUUGAAUCGUCACAAUUUGCCUUCUGAUCUCUUGGAACAACUACCCGCAAGAUGGGAACGAUUAGGGGACAUUGUUGUGCUUCCCAUGACUUCUUUCAAGGAUUCCAUAUGGGACUCACUAGGGAAUGAGCUUUGGUCUACCGUGGCCGAAUCACUUGGUGCUCGUCGCCUUGCUCGACAAGGCAGGAUUUCAGCCACUGGAACAAGAGAUAGCGGGUUAGAGAUUCUUGUUGGGGACGACGGGUGGGUUGAUCAUCGUGAAAAUGGGGUUCUUUAUUCAUUUGAUGCUACCAAAUGCAUGUUCUCGUGGGGUAAUCUCUCCGAGAAGCGUAGAAUGGGCGAGCUUGACUGCAAAGAUGAAGUUAUCGUAGACUUGUUCGCCGGCAUUGGAUACUUCACGUUGCCGUUCCUUGUCAAGGCUAAUGCGAAAAUGGUGUAUGCUUGUGAAUGGAAUCCGCAUGCUAUUGAGGCUCUCCGGCGUAAUCUUGAAGCAAAUAGCGUGGCCGAUCGAUGCGUUGUUCUUGAAGGAGAUAAUCGUGUCAUGGCACCUAAAGGAGUUGCUGAUCGAGUGAAUCUUGGUUUGCUGCCGUCGAGUGAGGGUAGCUGGGAAAUAGCCGUAAGGGCAUUACGGAGUAACGGUGGGAUGAUGCAUGUUCAUGGUAACGUGAAGGACAAGGAAGAAGAAUCGUGGACAAAACAAGUCUCGAAAUCCAUUAAAGAAAUUUCAAGAUCUGAAGGUUAUGAUUGGGAUGUAUCGAUAGAACACGUAGAGCGCGUAAAAUGGUAUGCACCACAUAUCCGCCAUCUUGUAGUAGACAUAAGAUGCAAACAAAUAGAAUCAUAAGAUCAAGAAACCACCACCACCACCGGCCACCACCACCCCGCCACCCUACCGCUGCCUAUUUCUAUUCGGGUUUUUUGUGGCAUCUAGCUGCAAGAUCGGGAGUGCACUAAUUGUUUGGCGGAUGCAAAUUAUCGUGUACAUUUGUAGCUAAGGGUGUAAAUUUCCAAUAUUUCAAAUACUUCGUACAAUACCCGAAAAACCUUAUUGGGCGUUUUUCAUACGUGUUCUAGCCCUGUUGUUGGGGGUAAAUCGUCGUUAA